AUGGGCUUAGAGGAAACAGACCCUAGCUAUCAGCAAAACCUUCAGCUUCCAGUUUCAGCAGAAUUAGCUACAACAAAUAACAGCUCAGAUGAACAUAUACAAGUGACAACCCAAGAAGAUCUUUUACCAGAUACAGAAAUACUAUCAAGAGAUGAACUUGUUAUUUAUGGCUAUGAAACACCACAUCUAUCUGCAAGUCACAUCCCUAAAGCAGCUUCUCCUUCUAACAAAAAUAAAGAAACAGAUGGCUUUAUCACAAAGCAAGCCACUUCUAAUUCAAGGGAUCCAACAACCUCAUAUAAUUAUAACUCAAAAAACCAAAUUAAAAAUAGCAACACUAAAU